AUGGGACCGGCAAAGGACGAACAAGUCAUAAUCCGGGAUAACCCUCAACUACAAUCCUACUACCACACACUCGAAUCCAGAAUUGGAUAUCGCCUCCUCCUGGGCGGAACACGUCAUUUUGGAUACUACGAACAUGACACGUGGUGGCCAUUUCCUCUGAGCGGCGCAUUGCGCGCCAUGGAGGAUAAACUGGCAGCAUCAUUGAAUCUUGGACGAGGCGCUUAUAUCCUUGAUGCAGGAUGUGGUGUUGGUCAUGUCGCAAUUCAUUUACAUACCAAGUAUGGGUACAAGGUUCAAGGAAUUGAAAUUGUCGACCAUCAUAUCCUUAAAUCUCGUCGCAAUAUUGCCCGGCGAGGGCUCUCAGAUGACCAGUUUGCUGUGCGCAAGAUGGAUUAUCAUCACUUGGACACAUUUCCAGAUGGGACUUUCGAUGGUGUUUAUACGAUGGAAACAUUUGUCCAUGCCACAGACGCUGAGCUUGUUCUACGCAACUUUUUUCGCGUCCUACGUCCUGGCGGACGCCUUGCGUUGUUCGAAUAUGACCAUGAGUUAUACAACAAUUCAGAGCAAUCAACGUCUCUAUCGAUGGAGAGAAUCAAUGAAUUUUGUGCAAUGCCGACCAAUAAGCGCUCACUUCCUGGCGUGUACAAACAAAUGCUUGAAGAUGCUGGCUUCACUGAUGUUGUUGUCCGGGACUAUUCUCCUAACGUUAAACCGAUGGCGCGACUUUUUUACGUUCUUGCUUAUAUUCCGUUCUUGAUCGUGACCUUCUUUGGUUUGGAACGCUUCUUCAUCAACACAGUCGCAGGAGUGGAAAUUUAUCGAGGUCGUGCGCAUUUGCGUUAUGUUGCCAUCUCAGCUUCAAAGCCAGGAAAGUCCGAGGGUUCGAAGAAGAGCCAAUAG